AGAGAGAGAGACAGGGAAAGAGCAAGAACUGCAAAUCUCCCGGUCAUUUCUGAUUCACUGGACUGUUGCUACCAAAGUGAGGAGUUGAGAGUGCUGGUUUGCGUUCUGGGAGUUGAGAGGAAAUUUAGUUAUCGCUUCGGAUCAGCGCGAGUCACGUUAUGCAUGGAUUUAUGGCACAGCUUUGAGACAAGAAAACACUCUUCUUUGGGUUGUUCAGAUGUGUUCUGUCAUGUCGUGGCUGCUCUUCCUGUGCCUCUGGCUCAGUGUCACUGCCAUUCAACUGUGUCAGGCCACUUUCUAUGACACCAUCCCUCAGCAUCCCGGGACCAGGCCUGGACGCACCACCCUCCACAUGAUCGAGGGGGGUACGUGUGAGGUAAUUGCAGCUCACAGAUGCUGUAACAAGAAUCGAAUUGAAGAACGCUCUCAGACAGUCAAGUGCUCCUGUCUCCCUGGGAAAGUCGCCGGAACUACACGAAACAGACCAUCCUGUGUAGACGCGUCCAUAGUAAUUGGGAAGUGGUGGUGUGAGAUGGAGCCUUGCCUGGAGGGAGAAGAAUGCAAGACGCUGCCUGACAACUCGGGCUGGAUGUGCUACGCCGGCAACAAGAUCAAAACCACCAGGAACUCACAGCCAUAUCCAACAUCAACAUAUUAGCACAUGGAGGAGGAGGAGACGCCUGCAGACGCCUCAGGUGCUAGGGUUAAUUCGCAGCGUUGUCACCAGGCCAAUUAUCACAAAGACAAUGAACUUCUUGUUGCUUUAAAGAAAUGUGAAGACUUGUCAGAUUAAAGUGUUAAAAAAAAACAUGUAGACUAUAUGAAGCAUCAGGCUGAGCUCAAGGCGGCGAAAAUGCGUCGUGCUCCAAGCUGCCUGCAGGGGAGCUCCAUCAAACUCAAUAAUGAAUAUAUUUUCAUCAUUCUGUUUUUGGAAACUUUGUGACAGAACGGGAUGGGAUCUGUCUCCGUGUCCAGAUUAAUAUCAAGAAC